CAAUUCAUAAAAAAGUAAAACGUCACUUUGAAAGUAACGUAACAAUAGUGACCGUUUAUUUAAUUUUAUAGUAAGCUUUCAUUCUAAUCGUCGCCGUAUACAAUUUUGUUUCACUUAUCUUGUGUUUAAAUAUAAAAACAAGCAUAAUGAGGUCGGCUAAAUCCAAACCGAGGUUAAAUGAAUUACGAACACCGGCUAGAAGCAAACAGAAUUUGGCUCCCAAUGAGAGAGAUCCGGUACAAGUUUAUUGCCGUCUUCGACCUAUGUCCAGAGAAAGUGAUCAUUCCUGCAUCAAGAUUGUUUCUUCAAAUACUGUUUUGUUAACACCACCAGCGACUGCUAUUAGCUAUAGAAAUGAAAAUAACAAAAUUAUGAAAUAUACUUUCAAGGAAGUAUUCCCGCCAGAAACGUCACAAGCAGAAGUAUUUGAUAAAGUUGCUCUACCACUGGUGGAAGGGCUAAUUAGAGGAAAAAGUGGCUUACUUUUUACAUACGGUGUGACUGGUAGUGGUAAGACAUUUACUAUGACUGGGGAACCUCAAAAUUGUGGCUUACUGCCCCGCUGUUUAAACAUUAUUUUCAAAACUAUCAAUGACUACCAAGCACAUAAAUACGUUUUUAAGCCGGACAAAAUGAACUUAUUCGAUAUUCAAAGUGAGGCUGAGGCAAUGUUAGAGAGGCAGCAGGAACUGCAUAAAUUUAAAUCAGGUAAAAAGAACAAUUCUAAUCCUGACCUAGCAAUGUCUUCAACUGACAUUACUAAAGUAGAGGGUGUAAACGAAGAUAAUCAAUAUGCUGUAUUUGUCUCCUAUGUUGAAAUUUAUAACAACAGUGUUUUUGAUUUGUUAGAGGAAGGUCCACCCUUAACCAAAAAUUUGCCUGCUAAAAUUAUCCGUGAAGAUGCAGCUCACAAUAUGUAUGUGAAUGGUGUAACUGAAAUAGAAAUCAAAUCUGCAGAGGAAGCAUUUGAAGCAUUUUAUUUAGGUUUAAAAAGAAAGCGAAUGGCUCAUACAAAUUUGAAUGCAGAAUCUAGUAGAAGUCACUCUGUAUUCACAAUCCGAUUAGUGCAGGCACCUGUUGAUGAAAUGGGUGAGGCAGUAAUACAAAACAAGGAUGUGCUUAAGGUCAGCCAACUUAGUCUGGUAGAUUUAGCUGGUAGCGAACGAACUAACAGAACAAAAAAUACAGGUCAGAGACUCAAAGAAGCAGGUAAUAUUAAUAAAUCAUUGAUGACCCUUCGAUCUUGUUUGGAGUUAUUAAGAGAAAAUCAGUUGUUUGGUGCUAAAAAUAAAGUGCCAUAUCGGGAAUCUAAAAUAACUCAUUUGUUUAAAAAUUUCUUUGAGGGAGAGGGUCAAGUUCGUAUGAUUGUCUGUGCCAACCCCAGAGCAGAAGACUAUGAUGAGACUCUCCAAGUUAUGAGAUUUGCUGAAAUGGCGGCAGAGGUUGAGGUGGCAAAACCACAGAUUACUGAUAUUGCUGCAGAGAUUGGCUUGAAAUCAGGGCGGCGCAAAGCCAAUCGCUUAUUUAAUACUGCACGAGAAUAUAUAAUGAGACCUGAUGCCAAAGAACUGGAACUUGAUUUAGGAUUAGUUUAUAGCCUUGGACCUGAUUUCCCUAGUCUGAAAAUAAGCAGUUCUCAAGAAGAUCAUAUCAUCAAAGAACUCAAAGCUCAUUUAGAAAUGCGGUUAAAUCGCAGGGAAAUUUUGAAACGCAGUAAAGCUGUGAAAGAUGAAAGACUCCGAUCAGCAUUGUUGGACUUGGAGAAAGAUUCUUUAGAGGUACGAAGUGAAAAUGUUUCUUUAAAAGGUCAGUUGGCAGCAGCAGAACGUAGAGUUAGAGCUUUAGAAGAACGACUUACAGCAACUGAAAAUGCUUCCUUAUCACAUCAACGAAAAUUGAAUGAAAUGACUGAGUAUACAUCAUCUUUAAAAAGAGAGCUACAAGAGAAAGAAUUGCUACUCAGUCAAAAUAAACUUGAUAAGGAGAAACAAAAAAAAAUUUUGGAAAAGAGAUAUAAUCACAAAAUAGCAGCUGAACAUGAAAAGGCAAAGGAAAUAUGCUCUGAGAGUGAAAGAUUGCGUAAUGUGAUUGAAGAUAAAGAAAAUCGCUUACGGAUUAUAGCCGAGGCAUUGAAAAUCGAAAGAGAUGACCACACAGAACCAGUCCCUAAAAUGAUGGGAGAUGUUGGUGCACAAACAAGUGCCCGUGACUUUACACCAGGGUCAACCCCUAGAGCUCUGCCUGCACAUAUGCUAACUCCAUUUAGUUCAGCUCAACAAACAAAAGACACCCAAUCUUCUCGUCGUGGGGUGGCUGUCGCAAAUCCCCGACACAAACGAUCUUUAUCGGCUGAUGGUCGCGGAUGGAUAGAACAUGCGCCCAAGAACAUUGUACCAAUGGGAACUGUUUUGAAACCAAGCAUUGGCCACAGCAAACAUGUUAAUAAGUUGACCAAUGUUAAAGAUAUAGCAAAUUCGAAAGUAUCAAAGUACUGUCUUGUCACUCAGGCUCAGGAUACAGAUGGUGAGUUUGAAAUGACAAUGUACAAAGGAGAUGUCGUCCCUACAUGUGGUGGAGGUGCUCAAGUAAUAUUUAAUGAUGUUGAAAUGCUCAAACAGUUUUCACCAACACGACAGUCAAACUCCGCGCGUUUGUCAGGGAACACUUGCGCUCGCCAUUCUGGUAAACGGCGUGAUACCGGAGGCUGCUCCCCUCCUCAAACACCAUCAAAUACCAGUAAAAAACAAAGGGUAGACGAUGAUGAAAUUAUCCAUAUGAACUAAUGCAAAUUAUUUGUGUCAAAAUUGUUAUUCAAAUUGUUUCCAAUUGUCUCUAA